UCUAGGCAAGACUGAAGCUUUGAAUCAAUUUCGUGGACUGUUCUUUCUGCCUGAUCGGUUAUGUCAGAAUGACUCAGAAAGGAGGGAUUGAUGUGAAUGUUGAGUGGAAUGAUGUCCCUGAAUUCGACCAAGGUUACGAUUCUGAUGGUGAAAAUCGACGUGAGCGUAACGACUUCAACAUUGAGAAAGAUGUUGGUGAAUUUGUAGAUGAACCUUCAGUCAGACACAACGAGUAUCCGGAGACAUAAGAUGAUGAAGAAGAAGAAGGACAAGAAACUCAGAGGACAAUGUAUAGGCGCAGCGAUAUUAGGAGAGGCGAUGGUGACUUGUAUGAAGGACAAGUAUUCAUCAGUGGUAUUGCGUUCAAGGAAGCUGUGGUAGACUAUGCUCUGAAAUCUGGCCGAAACAUCAAACAAAACCGGUAUGAUAAGACGAAGCUGGAGUUUGUCUGUUCGGGGAAAGGCUGUAGUUGGCGCAUAUACUGCUCAUCUUCGGGAAAGUCUCCUAACAAGUGGCAAGUGAAGAUAUUGAAGGAAGCUCAUAGUUGUGUUCCCACUGGUACAUGUGAGCUGCUGAAAGUUCCGGUGAUUGCACGGCUGUUUGUUGACAAGAUUCGAGAAGAACCCGAAUACUUCAUGCCAAUGAAGAUUGAGGAGUUAGUGAUGGAGAAAUGGAAGCUUACUGUGACAAGGCCUCAAUGUCAACAUGCUAGGAACAAAGCAUUAAGGUGGAUUGAACGAGAGUAUGAUGAGCAGUUUAGUCGCCUUCGUGAUUAUUGCUCAGAGAUAAAGGUGUCAAAUGAGAACUCGUCAGUUGAGUUAGAUUGUGUGAAAAACAAGGAAGGAUUUGAUGUGUUCAACAGAUUUUAUGUCUGUUUCGACGUCCCUGACGAAGCUCCACUUUUGUUGCUCAUUUUCGAUUUUCACCAGCUGAAGGAGAGAGUUCUGGGUUCGUUUUUAGGGUUCGUAUAAUUGGGGGUUUUUAAAACUGGAUUCCAACCGGGUUAAAAUAGCAUCUCUGGUCGGGUUAUUUUAUGUUUUUCGGUUUGGUUACCUCUUCUGAACCACUAAAUUGAUGAAUAACCGAAGCCAUGUGGGUUCGGGUUUCGAAC